AUGAAUACGGGAUGCCAAAAAGGGUGGAAAUGUACUCUAAAAGCACUUGGAAGCGUGUUCGAGGGCGAAUACUGUGGCUACUACUUGAUGUAUGUGAAGGAAGCUAUGGCUGCAGAGGUCAUGAACUUGAUUAACGCACCUAUGCGCCAAGCUCCCACCACUGCGAAACUUUUGGAGGAUGGGCAGAGUUUGCUGGCAGAUGCAAAGAAGAUGGUGUAUGCAGCUGCGGAGUCGGGUACAUCAGGAAACCUUCAAGCUUUAUCUGACAUCCUCCCUGCAAUAUCUGGUAUGGAUGGAGCGUUGAUGACUUUACAUUUUCAUGUUGGUAAUGCUGUUGGACACAUCGAAUCUGCAACUCCGGAACACCGAGAAAGAAUGAGGGCAUUGGGACAAAUACUGAUUGAGGCAGCGAGAAAUUAG